GGUUUGGUACUGAUGGUAUGGUUUCAAUAUGGCGGAAUGUCAACAUUAGAGCGUGUUGUUUCUCAUUUUCCAGAGGCUAUCGUUCGAAAUCUUCUGGACAAAAGCGUGUGACCUCGUGUCGGACAGCCGUGGUGAAUAUUGUCCGUUGAUAUGAAGCGAUUGUCGUUUUCGCUUUAGAGCUAGGAACGACGCCAGGAACAUCAUGAAUGGAUCGUUUGAGGGUGCAACGCAAAAGGGUGCCAUACCCAAGGCGAAGGUCGCCGCAAACAGGGUUGUAGACCCAAGUACCGACAACAACAACUCGAGGAAUUCGCUCUACAGCGAGGAUAUUGAAGAUGAAGAGACAGCGGGCAGGUCUCGGCGGUCGUCGUCACCGCGUCCUUCAACUUCAGCACCCAUCCGCCCAGUGACCUUGAACUGCACACCGCGAUGGAGGUUGGAGGAGACGUCUAGUCAAGGGAAGAAGGAAGAGGCGGGGCUCUUGGAUUGUGAUAUGGACUUGAACGUGCUGCCGAAGCAGAUGCUGCAAGACUUGUGUACUUUAAAUGGUGACUGUGAUAUUUGUGGGAGAACCACCAAUGGCAAGUACAAAACGUGUCAUUCAAAUGGCGAUGAAAGGACUGACGGAGAAGAAUCUGACGAUGAAGAUGAAGGUGACGAGGAAGAUGGGGCUGUAGGAGGUGAAGAACUCCUCUUAGAGGUACUCCCCAUUCGUAGCAGCCCUGACUCUGGCGAGGGUGAAAUGGAAACCCACAAAUCGCGAUCUCCUUCAUGUUCCUGGGACCAGCAGAGUAUUUCGUCAGGUGACGAAUGCUUCUACAGGUACCGGGGCGAAGACGACGAGCCGAGAUUGGCACCUCCAAUUGAAAACUUGCCUCCGAACAAUGAUGAAAGGCGCCGGUCUUCGUCUCCGGAAAUGGACUACCUGGAAAUGGACUUUGACCCCAGCUCUGAUUGGGGCGGAGACGAAGCAUGCCCUGAUGAAGAUGGGCGACAGCCACAGCAAGAGCAGCAGCAUCCACAACAACAACAACCGCCACAGGAAGCAGCUCCACCUGAUUUACAAAGACCGACCCCAGAACCAGUUGCCAUGCAGCUUGUCCAAGAGGCGCCCCCCACGCCGCCACCCCCAGCACCUAUAAUAAGACCGGCAGCCAGGGUACCAAGGGAGGAAAGCUGCAGAGAAAUGCUGAUCUGGUCACAAAUGCAAGCGGCGGAAUUGAUGCAACCGGCCUCGACGCCACUGUAUGCGGCAGCCAACUCAAUUUUCUACGCCUUGCACGCCCUUGGAUCAAGUACCACUAGGGAAAACAUCGUCAGCUAUUUGAACGAAGCACACCCGAUGCAGUCUGUGCCGCAAACCAUAGUCGGUUACCUUAAAUACAGAGCCUCUCACACAUACCUUCUCCCAUUUGCGCAAGCUUAUCCGAUUUUCACUGGAAACGAUUUGGCAAGAGCAUUUGGAACCAUAUCGCAGGAUCACAUUAAGGCUAGAUUUUUCCCGAUUCUCUCGAGAAACCUGCUCCAUUCUGGCAGGCUUUGCAGACUGAUUACACUUUGGUUAAGUAGAGGUGUUAUUCCAAUUGUCACAUUCUCUCUGGCAUUGACGGACAAUCAUCGGCAUGAAAUGAUUUUUGGUGCAAAUGGCAACGGUGUGUACACAAUGGCAGAUCCUAACAAUCUGCUGACAGAGCAGGCUCUGAAAUCAAGACUGGCUGAGCAAGGCACCACAAGUGUAUCUCAUUCGGACGUGCUGUCCAGGUAUAGCAGAGACCAGAAUCUUCAGCCUCUCUUGGAUAUGUGCUUGCCAUGGGUGACCAACAAUGUCUUAGGCACCGUUGUUGGCAUUUUGAGAUCUAAAUCUUUUCACAACCAGUCACCCUCCCCGACGUCUCCAGGUAGCAGUCAUCAUCAUCACCACCACCAUCAGCAACCCCCACUGACUUUUCCCCUGCCGCUGCUUAGCGUGUCAGGAGUGACUUUGGUAUAUCUUGGCUCAGGCAUAAACUGCAGCAUUAUUGAAUCCAUGCAAAAUAUGGAUGCAACCGAAUAGACUUUUUCACACACGCGCGGAAAGCUCUUGAUUCAAUGAGUGCCUGAAUAGUAUGCCAAUAAUGAUUUCAUCAAAUUACGCUUUUAUCUUUUCUAGCAGAGUCAAUGUCAACUUGUUAACUGAUCUUUACAUUUGAUGUAAACUUUCCUGAGCGUAUAAUAACUGAUUGACUGCGUAAUCAUUUAAACUUUUUUGUAGAUAAAUAUUUUUGAACUUGACUCUUUCUUUAAGUAUAUUAUACAGUAAAAAUUCCAUGUAACAUCAGAAAUAAAUCAAAAGUUACUUAUA